AUGCCGAAGCCUGCGCGCGCUGAGAUCAGCGCGCCCAGGCUUCGCGGACCUCUCCGCGAGCAGCGGCAGCGCGGCCGCGGCGUGGGGGGAGGUGGCGGCAUGGCGAAGCCUGCGCGCGGGGAGAUCAGCGCGCCCAGGCGUCGCGGACCUCUCCGCGAGCAGCGGCAGCGCUGCCGCUGCUUGCGGAGAGUUGCCGGCAUGCCGAAGCCUGCGCGCGCUGAGAUCAGCGCGCCCAGGCUUCGCGGACCUCUCCGCGAGCAGCGGCAGCGCUGCCGCUGCUUGCGGAGAGUUGCCGGCAUGCCGAAGCCUGCGCGCGCUGAGAUCAGCGCGCCCAGGCUCGCGGACCUCUCCGCGAGCAGCGGCAGCGCUGCCGCUGCUUGCGGAGAGUUGCCGGCAUGCCGAAGCCUGCGCGCGCUGAGAUCAGCGCGCCCAGGCUUCGCGGACCUCUCCGCGAGCAGCGGCAGCGCUGCCGCUGCUUGCGGAGAGUUGCCGGCAUGCCGAAGCCUGCGCGCGCUGAGAUCAGCGCGCCCAGGCUCGCGGACCUCUCCGCGAGCAGCGGCAGCGCUGCCGCUGCUUGCGGAGAGUUGCCGGCAUGCCGAAGCCUGCGCGCGCUGA